AUGAUAUUGGUUGGCAAAUCGGGUGAUGAUAUUCAUGUUGUUGUUCCAGCACCGCAUGUGUCGGUGUUCAGCGAAAAAUGCCUAUUAGGUCAUACCUAUACGGUAUCAAAUUUUAAGGUUGUGCCCAAUGUUCUGGCCUUCAAGGCAUCAGGACACAAAUAUAUGCUAAAGUUUACUGCUGGAACGUCUGUUGUUGAUGACGACAAACAUGAAAUACCGCCGAAGCAGAUUGUUUUUACAAGUUUUUCGGACAUCAUAACAGGGAAGUUUGUCAAAGAUGUCCUGCUUGAUGUCAUUGGAAUGGUGGACAGUAUUGGAUAUGCACAGACUGAGUCAGGUGGAAAGAAACAACAAAUUAAUAUGGUCUUACGAGACCACAUAAUGCCUAAGGAAACCAGGGUUACUCUAUCGGAUCAACUUGGAUCAAAUUCGCAGUUAUCCUCACAGAAUUCUAAAAAUUCUCAGCUUACUCCUGUGCAAAAAUUGUUGUCCAAGGUUGUGGUUUUACCGAUUGUUGAGAUUAUUCAACUUAAGGAUAUUACAUUUUGUGCUACUGUCGCUACAACAAAAUUAUUGGCCGCGUCUCUGUUUGGAUGGUAUUAUCGUGCCUGUCAUAUGUGUCAAUCUAUAGCCCGUGGUGACAAGCCACCGUUUGAGUGUGAAGCCGGUCAAGAAACCAUGGCUGAAAUCAUUAGUUUUUAG